ACUGUUCAUUCGCACAGGUGUUUUGUUAAAGAUAUUCUGUAGAAUAUUUUUAUUAUUGUUACUGUUUUAUUGCUAAGGCUGUUGUGAAGUAGUUGAAGUGCGGGUCAGUGUGAAUGUUGUGUCAGGACGUUUUGGUGGUGGUGGUGGUAUUUGCCCUUGACCGAUCCAGCAGCAGGCAGCACGAGACACACUAUUAGGGCUUUUGAGCUCGCUCUGUGUCGUGGGCUGGCUGCGGCGCGAGCGAGAGAGCGCGAGCGUGUGUGUGUGUGUGUUUGAACACGGGGAAAAUGUUGACGCGCUCACUUAUGUGUUUGGCCCGGAGGAUUAGGUAACUGAAGAAACCUCUCUGAAGUUUAAAGUCACCGAAAUGUCUAGAGGGGUAUUAUUGCGUGGUGGAGUGCGCUUGUUUAUUAAGUUAACUGUCUGAAUCUGAAUUAGGGCUCGCGCGGGGCUCGGGCUGUGAGUCUCGCGCUGACCCUUCUGACAGUUUGAUGACCGUUUUUAUUAUUUUGUCCUGUAUGGGCGAUUUUUACACUCAGCGCGCUUGUGGUGUUGGUGGUGCUUGUACUUUUUUUGGGACAUCUGUUUUGUGUUAAAUAGUGGAUCACGGCGGAGCUGUCAGUGCUGUUGACGCUUCACGUUACUAAUUUGGUAGCUAGCUCUGCCAUUCACAUAGCCUGCUUUUUUUCUACACUUUUGCCAAAAAAAACCCCUCCCCAGAUCAACCUGUUGCUAAAAAGUGAGCGCGUUUAAACGAAGUUAACGGACCUUUAUUGAAAGGAGCCAAGCCGUUACCUUGGCACUCAGCGGCUCGCGCUGUUUUUGUUCCACAACUGUUUUUUUUCCCUCUCUAAGUUAAGUUGGUCUGAAUCCAAACGGCUCCCCGAUCCCUACUAAGGAAUCCUGCGCGUGUAAGCAGCGCGCGCGCUUUACAGCCAGACAUAUGGGUCUAGGUUUCGCUCUCAUGACAAAUGCAUCAGCAGGAUUUCUGUGCGUGCUCUGGGGCUGCGUCGUUAUUAGCGUGGGACUAAAUCGUUUGCAAACAGGUCGUGCACUAGACUUUGGCAUUUAGCAUGAGGGUCAUAAAUCAGUGUUGGUGAAGCCGCCGCACAUGCUUGCUAUUUCUGGAUCAGACCUUGCGUGUUGAGUUCGGCCAACACUUGGGCACUAAUAUUGAUAUGUAUAGUUCGAUUUGAUACUAGACUAGAAAACUGUGCAUGUAAUUUUUAAAUACUAAAAUUAUUAUUAAUAGUAAUGAUAAAGUAUUUCCUCAAUAAAUAUGCUGUAAGAAUUAAUAAAUACGAAUAGCUCGGUUGAGUGUAAAUAAGUCGUUUUUCAUUAAAGUUUCCUGCGCCUUUUUGGUUAUUAAUCCUGUUAAUUAACAGGUCCACCAUAAAACACUAAUUAGCUAAUUUACAUUUUAAGUAGGUGUAUUAGUGUAGGGGGGAAAACACACCGCAGGACACGGGGUACUCCACGACCAUGACUGUGAACCUGUGUUUUAAUUGAUAGGGGUUGGUUACUAAGCGGUCAGGUCGACCAAUAUUAAACACUUAGUGACAUCUUGUGGUUGCAACAGUGAUGAGAAAGUGCGCGUGCAGGUUUGGGACAGUGUGUGUGUUGCGCGCAGUCGGUCGUUGACCAAAGACAUGCUGGGUUUUGGGACCAAACGCGCCAUGACCUCAUCCCGCCUUUAGCUGCGUCCCAAACCGCGCUCUGUUGUUACCCGCCUGACCGGGCUGUGCAAAUUGAAUGCCGCCCGGAGUAACCAUGGUAACGCGUGGUCAGGCUCUGUUUUGAUCAAUGCAUUUUCUUAUUAAUUGGCAACAAUCAAAGUUUUGUUAGACCGUAUUCGAUUUGAAAAUUGUAACAGACUACAGUGAGAUAAAGCAGCCAAUUAGACAAAAAACACGACUAUCUACACGACUUUGUGUGCAAAUUGUAAAGUAGAGAAUAAAGUUCUGAUCAUGUCAGGCUUUGCGCACAUCUAAGUGCUUUCUAGUCUGAAAGAGUUUGGAUAUAUUUUUGUAUGAAAAGCGACAUGAGAAGCUUAGAUAGAGAUUAAAGUGUAGGACCCUGUUUAGAAGGGGGAAAAACCCUGAAAUUCAGAAGUGCUUUUAUAUCUAUGAUUAUAGUGUAUACAGUAUAUCAAUCUGUUUAAACAUCUGCCUGCGGAGAAAUCCAGCUACCUCUGAGCAGCUACCUGAACAGUUUCUGAAUUAGUGCUUCUGAUGCAACAGGUUGUUUUGAAGUGAGGAAUAUCACACCUCAGUAAGCCCGAUCAGAUAAAUCACAUUUAACUGAUCGGGUUAGAUGGAAUGGACGUGAUGUUUUGGACUGCUCAGCUGGUGUUUUCGUUAGCUAGUAAAAAAUAUUUGAAAUAGCUUACCUAAGUCACCCGGUGUGUGUAUGUGUGUAAAUGCAUAUGAAAUAUGUAACGAAUGUUAGAUAUCACCUAUGUUGGUUUAGUCCUGAUAUUAACGACCUGUUGAUUUCCAUGUCUCUGCGCGCGCGCGCUCGCGCACCCCUUUCUGAGUUUAAGUGUUGCUAGGACACUGAAGCGCAAUUCCUCUCAAAGCCGAUACGUAAUGUCUGAACCCCGUCAAACAGGUUUACAGCACAAUUAAAAGCUCUCGUAUUAUAUUUCUCACGGUUUAAGAUGAAAACAAAACGUCUAAUGUGAUUGUUUAUUUUUAUUUUUUUUAAGUGAUAACUUUUAUAUCAGUCAGUAAAUAAAACAUCCAACCCCCAUCCUUUUGUUAGCCGUUUGUUGCGGCGUUAGAGCACAUUUCUGGCUUUAAAUUCGAUUUCUACUUCUGAAAUAUAAAGUCUGUGUAAAAUCCUGCCUAUAAAAUGUCUGAAAAUUCAUGAAGUUAAUAAUGCAAAACAUUUGAGAAGAGAUGUCCUCGGGUUCCGGAUUAUUUUGUCUCUGUCGCCACCUCGUGGCUCUUAUGAGAACUACAGUUUAUCACUUGGACACCAAUAUAGAUAGAUGAGUACUUUAUUAAUCCCAAAAGGAAAUAGCAUUGUUACAGCAUCUAGUUCACAGACUAUACAACAAAUAAACAAGCAAAAAACGCAAUGAGAAAAAGAUCUUGACAAAAUGUCUUGUGCAGCAGACAGCUGCAUCCAGUUCACACGCCAUGCCAGCGAUGUCCUGCUCAACCUGAACCGGCUGCGCAGCAGAGACAUCCUCACAGACGUCACAAUUCUUGUCAACAGACAGCAGUUUCGCGCUCACAAGACCGUCCUCAUGGCAUGCAGUGGGCUCUUUUACUCAAUAUUCACGGACACUCUAAAAUGCACCAUGACUGCCAUCAGUCUGGACCCGAAGGUUGACCCAGAAGGCUUUGCAGUCCUCCUGGAGUUUAUGUACACUUCUCGUCUCACGCUGAAAGAGAGCCUUAUUAUGUCAGUCAUGAACACAGCCAUCUACUUGCAGAUGGACCACGUUGUUGACACGUGCCACAGAUUCAUUAAGUCUAGCGACUCCUCCAUCAAAUUGCCCAGAGAAGAUUUCCUGGUCAGCCCUUUGCUCUUACCUCAAGAUGUUCAUGGUUACAGACCACAUGAGGUUGUGGAGAACAUGGCUGGACGAUCUGGCUCAUUCCGUGACGGAAGGCCAUAUAGUGCCAUAUUUAACACAGUCAACACUCCCAGCAGCUCCUAUCACGUUUAUGGCCAGUUCCCGAUGCAGGCUUUCCCUUUUCCCCUCUGUAAGCCGACAGACGCCAAAAACACUUUCCCAGACUUUGGCAAAGGAGGCGUCCUCCAACACAAACACUGCCCGCCAGGAGACGACUUCACACGCAGCUCCAACGCCAGCCACUCUAGCUCAUGUCAUUCUGACGCCUACUCUUCCCGCGUGCUGGGAAGAAACGACGAAAUGAAAAGGGAGAACCUGCAAGGCUUGGCUCAGUCCGUUGUUACAAGUUCUAGAAAGCACGGCUUUACGAGCCUGGCCCGGGAACAUCAGAGGGAUGUGGGUAAAGAACAGGCUCCUCUGGCUGAAGACGAGCUUAGCCAGCAGCCCUACACUGUUGGUAUGGCGUCCAGUGGGCGCAAGACUCUGAUUGGCAGCCCGCAGAGCCCUUUGAAAUCAGACUGCCAGCCCAAUUCUCCGACAGAAUCGAGCAGCAGCAAGAAUGCCGCACUCUCGCAUGCCUCUCAGCCCCCGACCCCACAUGGCAUGCAGGACCCGAAGGCUCGCAACUGGAAAAAAUACAAGUUCAUCGUGCUCAAUCAAAGCACCAAGGAAGAAGAGAGCAGCUCUCAUGAACCUGAGAUGCGCUCGCCACAGCGGCUGGCUUUUCAUCCCUCAUCCGAAUCUGAGCAUCCAGACAUGCAGGCUGCCAGCACAAAGAUUACUGACCAUGGAGAUGACUUCACUGUGCCCCAAGUCAGCCGCCUCAACAAUAUCAUUAACAGAAGUCUGGACGGUUCACAGAGGAACGGUGACGGCCACUCUUCUCUUUAUAUGAGUCACUUAAAGUGCACAUCGUGUGGCUCGCAAUCCCCACAACACUCGGAUGUCUGCCCCAACACUCCCGGCUCACGCCUUAACGAGGAGAUGGCUGAGCUGCACUCUGAGUAUUCCGACUCCAGCUGUGAAAACGGUACCUACUUUUGUAACGAAUGUGACUCCAAAUUCAUAGAGGAGGAAGUCUUAAAACGCCACAUGCUUCAGGUGCACAGCGACAAGCCAUACAAAUGUGACCGUUGCCAAGCAGCGUUCCGCUACAAGGGAAACCUCGCGAGCCACAAGACGGUACACACAGGAGAGAAGCCGUAUCGAUGCAACAUCUGCGGCGCACAGUUCAAUCGACCAGCUAACCUCAAGACCCACACGCGCAUCCAUUCUGGAGAAAAGCCAUACAAGUGUGAGACCUGCGGGGCUCGAUUUGUUCAGGUGGCUCACCUGCGCGCCCACGUCCUGAUCCACACGGGAGAAAAGCCAUAUCCCUGCGAAAUCUGUGGCACACGAUUCCGGCACCUGCAGACGCUUAAGAGUCAUCUGCGCAUACACACAGGAGAAAAACCUUACCAUUGUGAGAAAUGCAACUUGCACUUUCGCCAUAAGAGCCAGCUUCGGCUGCACUUGCGACAGAAGCAUGGUGCCAUCACCAACACCAAGAUCCAGUACCGUGUGUCCACAGCAGAUCUGCCCGAUUUGACCAAGGCCUGCUGAACAUGCACACAAUGUGUGUGCGCGCACACAAAACACACACACAGGGCCAAACCACAGCAUCCUCUGAGCCCUAUUUGGACAAUCAUCUAAAACUGUAGUGCCACACUGUGUUGAUCAGACAAGAAGAAGAAGAAAAAAAAUGUAAAAGAAUCGAGGCAUUUAAUGCCAUUCUACGGGUUUUCUCUAUAUGUGAACAUAGAACCACAUAAGGUCUCUUGUCACUUUAAUGUUUAUAUUUGCAUAUAAAUAUACAGUAAUGUUGAGUGUUUUUAAGCUUUCAGUUAUUAAAAAAGCUUUAUUUUGUUGAAAAAAAAAAAGGAGGGUGGAAUGUAAAAAAUGAAUCCAAUUUUUGAGAAUACAGUAUUUUAUAUCAAAGAAGUUACUUUUUCGGAAAGUAUUGGAAUUUUAAUCGAAGGUUGGUAUAUUUUAUGGCAGUGUAAAGACUUGUGUCCAGAGAUUUUUAUGUGUACAGGAUACACCACACUAGAAUGGCCUCCUUUACAAAGUCACAUUUUGGCUGUGCCUAUAAUUGGGCUUAUUUGUAUAUGAGAAUAAUGGCUGCUCUCAAAGUGUAAAACAUUGCAUGAGAUGGGUUGCAACAGGUCAAUGUUCAUUAAAGUAACAAACUGCAAAGAAGUGUGAUCUAAUGCAUAGUUAUAUUCCCAAGAUUGCGCUCUGCUGGCAGAGCCAAUCUUUAAUUAAAAAUUAAAAUAUGCAUUAAAAACUGAUACGGCUACGGUACGAGGCUUAUUUCACUUCAACUGUGUUUGUAUAGAAACGCGACUCUUUGUUAGCAAGUGAAGGUUUACAUUUUUUGUCAUUGUUCUAGAAGCUACAGUAAAGGUUGUAUUACUGCGCUUUUUGCCCUCUACGUAUACACACUGUGUAUUCAAGGUGCCUUUCUCAGUGGUGACUGAAUUGCUUUCUGUUACUCUGCUAAGGUACAGCCGAAGGACACCACUUGUCCUGUUUUUGUUGUUUUUCCCCUCAUUUCAUGUGUGUACAUGUUUUUAUACAUGCUUUUCACCAGUUCAAAUUUAAAAGAAAAAAAAGCAAGAUUAUUAUUGCUCGAGCUGUGCAUCUUUAAGACUCUGUUUGGGAUUGGGCUUUUUCUAAAAUGCAUUAAGCUAAUUGUAUAUGUGUAUGAAUGUAAAAUAAAAGUAUUGAAUUUCUAUGUACAA